AUGAUGUUAAAUCGCAGUUCUCCCGCGGUCAGGUUGGCCACUCGGGCUUUGGUCAGAAACCUAUACUCAUCCCCAGCGUUGAGGUUUGCAUUUCAACCAGCAAAACAGGUGGCGAUUUCUGGUUUGAGAUCUGGGUUGAAGACCCAGAGCAAUAUUCGGAACCAAUUUAGAUACUACAGCGUCAUUGAAGAAGAGCCUAAUGCCAAAGUCGUUGGAUACGAGGAAGUGAAGGCCCUAUCUGAAAAACCCGGCGACGCCCUGAUAGUGGAUGUUCGCGAGCCAAGUGAGUAUGCCCAAGGACAUAUUCCUAAUGCAGUCAAUAUUCCCUACAAGACGUCACCAGGAGCCCUCGGAUUACCGGACGAUGAUUUUGAGAUGACUUUUGGCUUCCCUAAGCCAACGACAGAUACGGAACUAGUGUUCUACUGCCUUGCCGGAGUGAGGUCUACAGCAGCGGAAGAACUGGCUGGAACGUUUGGAUAUGGAAAGAGACUGAAUUAUGUGGGCUCAUGGGAGGAUUGGGCCAAUCACGAGGCUGAAACUCCUAAGGAGUGA